UCAUGUCUCACGGACAGGUAGGCCGCGUCCGGGAUAAAGUAGCAGUCGGUCGAACAUCCUUGCAUGAAAAGAGAUGAGACAGGGGAACGGUCUGCGCAUGUAGGCCGUUUUAAUUUAGCAGGGGCCAGUUAGCGCCCCUCUCAUUGCCUUGAUCGUCACGCCCUUUUCUUUUCUACUCGCUAUUCUUCUUCUUCGUCGUCGUCACCAUCCAUGCUUCGGAUCCUCUUCCCCCGAAUUAGGGUUUCAUAAUAAUUGACCGAAGGUUUUCAAAUAAAGAGAUAUAGAUAGAAUGAGAGAUUCGCAGAGCGGAUCGUCCGAAACCGAUCUCGCUUCCAACACCACCGGAGAAGAGGAUGGGCAGCUAAGUCAAAGCAACAAUGAAAGCAAUACUUCUCUUGGAAGGAUUCCGGAGCCUUCCAGACAUUGGAGAGAUGUUUUCUGGCUCUGUAUUUUUGCCAUACACUUGGUUGGCUUGGGUUUUGUUCUUGCUGUGCUUGGAAUUAAUAGAUUUAAGAAAGCAGAUAGGCUUAAGAUUGAUAAGUACACAAAUAAGAUAAUCGAGAACCAAGCUGGACUGACAGAGACUUAUUGGCCCUUUUAUGCUGUAGCUGGUGGUGUUGGUACGGUCCUAGGAUGGGCUUGGCUGUUACUCCUUGGUACCCGAGCGAGUCAAAUGAUGAAAGUUUCAGUUUAUGGUUUGACUACUUGCCUUGCGGUUAUGAGUGUUUUGUGCUUCUGGGGUGGACAGAUUUUCUGGGGUAUUGCAUUUGCUAUUGGCGCCUUUCUGCAGUUUUUGUAUGUGAUGUCUGUCAUGGACAGAUUUCCCUUUACAAUGCUGGUAUUGCAAAAGGCUGUGAAUAUGGUCUGGAACCUUCCUGAGGUAACGAGAAUAGCCAUUGCAUUUAUGGUGGUCAUGCUUCUCUGGAUGGUGAUAUGGUCUUUUGGAGUUGCUGGUGUUGUGGCUUCAAGCAUUGGCGAUGGUGGACGUUGGUGGCUUCUUGUGGUACUCUCUGUGAGUUUGUUUUGGACAGGUGCAGUCCUCUGUAAUACAGUUCAUGUUAUCGUGUCUGGCAUGGUGUUUCUUGUUCUCAUCCAUGGGGGUCGAGGAGCAGCAUCAAUGCCUCAAAAACCAGUGGUGAAGUCAUUACAGCAUGCUGUGACAACUUCUUUAGGGAGCAUCUGCUAUGGCUCUCUUUUUACAGCUGCCAUCCGAACAUUGCGGUGGGAGAUCAGGGGAGUCCGAUCUAAAAUUGGCAACAACGAAUGUUUGCUCUGCUGUGUUGAUUUUUUGUUUAAUCUUGUGGAGACGCUAGUUCGCUUUUUCAACAAGUAUGCAUAUGUUCAGAUAGCAGUUUAUGGUAAAAGCUUUAAUCAUUCGGCAAGGGAUGCCUGGGAGUUAUUCCAGUCAACUGGCAUUGAAGCGCUUGUUGCCUAUGAUUGUUCAGGUGCAGUUCUACUAAUGGGCACUGUCUUGGGUGGGCUUAUUACUGGAACCUGUGCAGGAGUUUGGACCUGGUUUAAAAGCAAUGACAGAGUUGCUAUGGUUGGUUUUACUGCUAUGUUGAUGGGGAUGAUCAUGGUGGGCCUCGCAAUGGUUGUGGUGGAAAGUGCUGUUACAUCCAUAUACAUCUGCUAUGCAGAAGAUCCCUCAUUAAUUAACAGAUGGGAUCCUGAAUUCUUCAACCAGAUGUCGGAGGCGCUCCACCAACGAUUGCAACAUAGGAGCGCGCGGAGACAAGUGAUCAACCACAGGCUCGACGCCCAGAUACAAGCAGCACUCCCUCUUUGAACCCCAUACUGCAGAAAAAUUCCGGAGAGUCAUCAAUGCGGUUCCCAACUUUAAAAAAUGACUGAGGUGUUAAUAUGCUUUACGUGAACAAACAUGUUUAUUGUUCUGGCCAGUAUUCCUUAACAGGCGGGGCCAGCUUGCAAUGAUCCAUAUGCGGCACAUCAGAUUGUCAAAAGGCAUUUACCCAACACUCUCAGACAUCCUACUGGACCUUUUUUUUUUUACCCCAUUGCGUGUCUUUAACCAUCCGUUUUUAGAUCACUAAAUCAGAUAACUGAUAGAGCUGUUUGGUGCAGCAUCGCACAUCCAUUGUGGGCUUACCAGAUGAAUGGUCUGGAUCACAAAAAAAGUGAAUCAAUUGUACAGAUGAUGAAGCAAAAUAAAACAUGACUAAUUUGCCUUUUGUA